AUGAUUGAACUGCAGAAGCUUUCGUGCCAAUUACUGCCCCUUCAAGAAGUCAUCAAUGAUAUUCGAAUAAUCAAAAACGAUAUUUCAGAUCUACGUAAAUCUAAAAACAAUAUGUUAAAAAAGCUUGAUAACUUUGAAAAAAGACUUCAAGUAGUCGAAAAUGCUGAGCAAAAAAUAUCGUCCCUAAAGGAACAGAUAAACAAGAUGGAAGCAGAAAUUAAUGAAAAAGAUCAGUGGCUUCGAUCAAAUAACGUCGAAAUCAAGGGAGUACCAUUUAAACCUGGGGAGAAUCUUUUUGAUAUUGUAACUAAAUUAGGAUCUAUAAUAACCUAUCCUGUGUUGAAGAGUAACAUUAAUUAUGUAACACGUGUCCAGACGCGAGAUGCUGGGUCGAACAAGACCAAGCCUAUUAUUCUUUCCUUUAUCAACAAAUAUAUGAAAGAAAACUUCAUCGCAGCUUCUCGCCUGCAUAAACAUAUUUCUACGGAAGAUAUUGUCUAA